AUGGGUCAUGCUGCCACUGCACAAAUCUUCCAUGAAGACCUGGAAAGCUGGAUCAGUGAAGUCUCCGAAGUCUUCCACUACCGGGUCUUCGUCAUUGAAUUGGUUGGUCAGAUGCUUUACACAGUGCUUGGACCUCUCAGCAUUCCUUUGCUGCUGAUAAUGUACGGGGGGCGGAUCGGCCUCAUCAACCGCGGAUUCUGGCCUGCACGCCACCCCUCCUUUGUGGUCCAAUUCAUUCUUUGGAUGUGCUUGUUUGCAAGCAUUAUGCUGACCAUCUUGGUCGAUCCUCCCGGAGUCAUGCUCAUCGAGAAGAAGUUUGCCCUCAUGUGCCUGCUCAUGAGGAACGCGCCCAUUGCCACCAAGUAUGCGUAUUGUUCCACCGAGACGUGGACAAAGUUCAACCGCGAGAUCAUCAACGAUAAGUACAAAACGUUUCAGAACAUGCUCCCGGGCUGGUACGUCAUCCCGGAGGAGAACUUUCAGCUGCAGGCCGAGGUCGCCUUCGUCGGCGUCAUCGGCUCGCGUGCUCAACGCAGUGAGAUUUCGGUGAAGUUUCUGCCGUGGCCGCGAAGCGAGUACGACUUACUCUCGCUCCGCAAGCGGGUGGACGUGUCCAGUAAGACCAUGUUCUUUGCACCCACCGGAGACUUGCUCCGGCCCAACUCGCGCACUCGGAAAGCUGCGCGUCGGCGCAUCACCGCAUGGUCAAAGAGCGAAAGCCCGCAGGAUGACGACAUCCGGGCAGCGAGCAUGGAGAUGACAAUGACGAUGACGAGGCCAUGGGGCUGUAAGGCCCACUCGGCUGCAGGUUGUCAGGUUCAGAUGGAAGGCUCCGUUCGAGAAGGGAUGAAGCUGCAACAGUCCAGGAAGGAAGAGACGCUGGUUUCACCAGAUGGCCCAGCCAUCGCUACUCGAUCAGUGACACGGCGAGGGAUUACCGAGAAGCAGAAGACCAUGAGCAAGAAGGACCUGAAAAUUGAGGCAAAGAUGGAGCAGGAGCGUUUGGAGCAGGAGCGUCUGGAGCGGGAGAAGAAGCUCUUUAAGACGGCGGAGGCAGGCGGAGAGGUCGCUAUCGAGGACCUGUUCCUCUACUUCCUGCGCGCUAUUGUGCGCAGUGAGAAGGUGAUUAUACCCCCUUUGGUCCGCAUAAAUCUGGUCCUGACCUUGAUCGCCAUCUUCAUUCCAUCCUUCCUGCGCUGGCGGAACACUGGCUGGUUCCUCGGGCCAGAAACCGCGUCGACCAUCCUCGUCGUUGGCUUCUGGCCAUCCAACUUUCUUUGCAUGCUUUCAUCCUUGAGUUUCAUUGCCGUCGGUGGUGUGGACAUGUGGAGGCGGCGGUCUCUGAUGCGCAGCUGUGCCGCCAUGCUGUCCGUCUCCCGUGAGUUUCGCCGCCACUGCCCGGCCGAGGUCGACAUGCUUCCGGUGCUCGACCUCUCAGACGUCAACACCGUGGCGGGCUGGCGCAAGCUACGGCAGCUCUGCACCGAGUGGGGCAAGUUCUACCACCUCAGGGUGCGUGCGUUCUCCGCAGAGUUCUUCUUCUUCCUGAUCCUCAUCCUGGGCGACUUGGUCGCCGGCAUGCUCAUCGAGGACUACACGGAAUUCAGCGGGGUCAACCUCGCCUCCCUGGUGGUGGCCGGCACCGUCAGCAUCUCGCUCAUGGUGUCCAUCUUCGUCUUGGUCUACCUGGGAAACGAGGUCAAUCAGUCUGCCGAGCGACAUCGGUUCUUGCUGAACCGAUCGCGCACCCUCAUGACGAGCAUGAGGUACAGAACGAGUACCUGCACCAUGCCAAAGAUGUCGCAGAGCAUCACGGGAGUCAUGCCACCGGACCCCUCGCCCACAGAGCUGGAGCAGGCAGCGGAGCUUAUCAGCUGCCUUGGUGAUGAGCUGGAGUCCGAAGGAAAGGUGCUGCCGCUGACGCUUCUUGGGAUGCCGUUAGGUUGGUCGCUGCUAUCCGUGCUUCAGUUCAUCCCCAUUGGUGUGAUGACAACGCUGACGCAAUUCUGUGGGAACAGUGCCACAGCAUAUCGCUGCCUGAACUAG